UCCGCCAGGGAGCCUCCUUUCCCAGGGAGCCUCCUCCACCAGGGAGCCUCCUCCACCAGGGAGCCUCUCCACCAGGGAGCCUCCUCCACCAGGGAGCCUCCUCCACCAGGGAGCCUCCUCCACCAGGGAGCCUCCUCCACCAGGGAGCCUCCUCCACCAGGGAGCCCCUCCUCUACCAGGGAGCCUCCUCCACCAGGGAGCCCCUCCUCCACCAAGGAGCCCUCCUCCACCAGGGAGCUCUCCUCCACCAGGGAGCCCCUCCUCCACCAGGGAGCCCUCCUCCACCAGGAGCCUCCUCCACCAGGGAGCCUCUCCUCCACCUGCCAGGAUGAACCGACGGGGGGGGCAGUGCCACCGCUGAUGAUGACGAUGAUAAUGAAGAGGCCGACCCUGCUGAUGAUGACGACGAUGAUGAUGAUGCUGCUCCUCAGCCACGUGGGAGCGGCCAUGCAGCCUGGGCAGGAAGCCCCGUUGAGGCCGCGAGGUUGACCAGCAGUGGAGAGAGCAAGGAGUUCCUGCAGCUGCCCGGGGCCUCACUCCGAAAAUGGGCAGAGCCUCAGCCAGUUGCUGCUCCUGGCCGAGUACCUGGAGAGGUCUCUGAGCCACCUGCGGUCCAUCACAGCACCCCACAGAGAGGAGGGGGGAGCCGGGCGACCACACGACCCCUUUCUCCUCCCCCGUUUGGGGGGCCCACGGCAGAGGGUCUACCGGAGCCCCCCCACCCUCACCACCCUCACCACUCCGCGAUCCCCAAUAGCCACUCGGCCCCCCGAGCCCCAGCUGGACGUGAAGUCAUUAGAUGAUGCCUCCACCUCCACCACCUCCUCCACCUCCUUGAAGGGCGACACUUCAACCUCCGUGCCAUGGUGGCAGUCCACACAGAGCAGCGCAGGGGACAUGGGGGAUACGGGGGCUAGAGGUGAUAGAGGAGACACAGGUGACACGGGGGAUGGAAGAGAACGAGGCGGCAUCGGGCAUCAAGGGGAUAGAGAGGACACGGCAGGCACGGGGAACGCGGCAGAGACGAGAGGCACGAGAGACACGGGAGAUGGAGGAGACACGGGAGACAGAGGAGGCAGGGGAGACACGAGAGGCACGAGAGACACAGGGGACACAUUAGACAUGAGAGACACUACGGUAGACACUACGGUAGACACUAUGGUAGACACUACGGUAGACACGGUAGACACUACGGUAGACACGGUAGACACUACUGUAGACACUGCGGUAGACAUUGUGGUAGACACUACGGUAGACACGGUAGACACUACGGUAGACAUGAGAGACACUACGGUAGACACUAUGGUAGACACUACGGUAGACACUACGGUAGACACGAGAGACCACUACGGUAGACACGAGAGACACUACGGUAGCCACUACGGUAGACACUAUGGUAGACACGAAAGACUCUACGGUAGACACUGCGGUAGACAUGAGAGACACUAUGGUAGACACUACGGUAGACACUACGGUAGACACGGUAGACACUACUGGUAGAAACUAUGGUAGACACGAGAGACACUACGGUAGACAUGGUAGACACUACGGUAGACACGAGAGACACUACGGUAGACACGAGAGACACUACGGUAGACACUAUGGUAGACACUACGGUAGACACGGUAGAAGAGGUGGCGCCGGCCAGUGCCACCGCCGCCACCGCCACGUCGAAGGAGGUGGUGACUACGAGGUGGGUGGUCACGACGACGGCGGCGGCGGAGGAGGCUCCCGGUGGGUCCAGCGAUGAGGUGGUCUCCGAAGCAAACCAGGAAGGAGGUGGCGACAGAGGUGGAAGAUGAGGUGGAGGAGGAGGUGGGGCAGGUGGAACAAGAGGAGGAAGAGGAGAGGAGGAAGAAGAGGAAGGAAGAGGAGGAGGAUGAUGACGAGCAGGAGUUCUUCCCACCAUGGGAGCGCCUUCGCGGAGGAGCCAGGCGGCGCUCGGGGGCAACGCGGCACCAGUCAGACGCCUCCCUGGGUGCCCCCCACGGCCGCGCGUGGCAGGGCCCCCCGCUCGUGCGAACCUUCCACUUCUACAAGUCGCAUCCUCCCCAACGCGAUGAGGAACCAGGCUCGGGAUCCCCUCUUCUUACCCCCUCCUACUCCCCCCGCUCUCGCCAACAUCAUCCCCAUCACCACCAUCCUCCCCAUCACCACCAUCAACCCCAUCACCACCAUCAACCCCAUCACCGUCCUCCCCCUGCAUCUCCCCUCACCGCCCUUCUCUCCUCUCGACUCGCACGGAGGCCCUGGAGGUUCAGCCGCACCGCUGCCAUCACCGUCGGCCUCACCGCCGACAGGGCCGGAGCCGCAACCGGCAGCCCUCGUGGUCAGCAGCUGUGGCAGCAGGAGGCGGAUGAGAGGAAAGUGGAGGUGAAAGAGGUGGAGUUGCCCGUGAGGCCUAGUGAAGGCUUCACGUCCGCCCCAGUUUCGGUGGUGCCGGGGCUCCCGGAGCCGCAUGACGGAGGAGACGGCGACGGCGGCUGCGACUCGACGGUGCUGUCGCUGUCUGCGCCCGUGGUGCACGCGCGGUUCGGCCACUCGGCCGGCGCGUGGAUGCGCGACCCCGAGGACCCCAGCGGGAGGAUCUACGUGGCCAGCCACCGGCACGGCAGCAGCCUGCUGGAGUUCGACAGUGAGGCAGCCCUGCGCCAGGGCCGUUGGAGCGCGUCCCACAAGCUGCCGUACGCGUGGCUGGGCACCGGCCACGCGCUCCACGGCGGCUCCCUCUACUACCGCCGCGCCUUCACGCGCACGGCCCUGCGCUACGACCUGCGCCGGCGGUCCGUGGCCGCCUGGCACCAGCUCCACGACCUCCUCCUGCCGGAGCACCGCGCCGCCGGGCCGCCCGACGACGAUGCCACGGCCGGCCCGGGGUCGCCGGAUUCGCCGGGGGAGGGGGCGGGCGGCGACGGCGGCGGCGGCGGCGGCGAGCCGGUGACGUUCGCGGUCGACUCGGGCACCCUCUGGGUGGCCUACGUGGAGUCGGAGGGCCUCGCCCUCGUGCUGCUGCGGCUCAGCGCCGCCGACCUGACCCCGCGCGGCGAACCGGCGCUCUACCGCACCGGCCUACGCGCCGGCCGCUUCUCGGCGGCGUUCCUCGUCUGCGGCGUUCUCUACGCGGGCCGCGCCAGCGGUGGCGCGGCCCGGCGGCAGCGGCGGCGACGACGACGACGAAGAGGACGGCGCGACGCUGCUGGUGGCGUACGCGUACGACACGCACACCGGGGCGCUGGCGGCACCGGGACUGCGCCUGCGGAGUCCCUACCGGGGAGGGGGCGGCGUCGCCCAGCUGAGCUACAACGCUCGCGACGGCGCCCUCUAUGCGUGGGACAGCGGGCGCCAGCUCACCUACAACGUCAGCUUCACCUAGCGGCGGCAGGGGGUGGCGCCAGCAGGGGAGCGCCAGCAGGGGGCGUCAGCAUCCACGAGACAAACAUGGCCACCACUUCAGUUCACACGGCCAGCGUGAACAUGAGUCUCUGCGUGAGUCUUCGCGAGUCUCUGAGUGAGUCCGUGGGUCUCUGUGUGAGUCCGUGGGUCUCUGUGUGAGUCUGUGGGUCUCUG